CGCCUCUUCCCCACCUGCCCUCCUCGCGAAAACCCUAACCCUCCUCCUCCUCCGCCGCCGCCGCUCUCCCAAGAUCCCUCCCGUCGUCGUCGCUGUCGGCCCCUCGGGUCUUUCUAGCGCAGGAGACAUGGCGGAAGAGACUCCAGUUGAGGCCCCACCUGCCCCGGUUCUUGGAGAGCCGAUGGACCUGAUGACUGCUCUGCAGCUUGUGAUGAAGAAGUCAAGCGCUCAUGAUGGGCUCGUGAAGGGGCUCCGUGAGGCGGCCAAGGCCAUUGAGAAGCAUGCCGCUCAGCUUUGCGUGCUUGCUGAGGACUGUGACCAGCCUGAUUAUGUCAAGUUGGUCAAGGCACUCUGCGCUGAGCACAAUGUUCACCUCGUUACCGUGCCUAGUGCUAAAACUCUUGGCGAGUGGGCAGGGCUUUGCAAGAUUGAUUCUGAGGGCAAGGCGAGGAAGGUCGUAGGCUGCUCCUGCGUCGUUGUCAAGGACUUCGGUGAAGAGUCAGAGGGCCUCAACAUAGUCCAGGACUAUGUCAAGUCCCACUAGAUAUAGCGUUCCCGAUAUCCAGAACUUGUGCUUGACAUUGUGUACUUUCCUUUAUAUUUUGCUUGGUUCUGUGGCUUGCUAGGAGAUAAGAAAAUUUUUGUGGUGUGAGCCAAGGGGAUAUGAGCAAUUUGGACCUCUGAACUUUAUGUUUACUGUGCUGGAUCAGCUGUUUAUUUAUCUGAAAUCAUCAUGAGCUGAGGAUCUGUUUGCCCCUUA